UCCUGAAAAGUGUCAUUUUUGGUACGGCCACGGGGGUGUGCGGAAGCAGAUAAAAAGAUGAUCGUGCUUAAUCUCUUGCUAGCUUCGCUUGUGGGAUUUCCCCUGGUAGUAUUUGGUAGUCUUUUUGUUGCAUCUGUUUUAUAUCUUCAUUACGUCCAUGUGAAGUACAGCCAUGUUCCUGGACCAAAGCGGAAAAGUUUUUUCACCGGGAAUAUUGCUGAUUUGCGGCAGGCUGUCACAGAUGGCAGAGUGUUUGAAGAUGUGUUCUUUGAUUGGAACAAGGAAUUUGGGCAGGUUUUUAUAUUCUAUGUCUUCCACCGGGCUAUAGUUCAUGUCUACAUUCCUGAAGUUGUAAGGGAAAUCUUAGUGUCGGAUAACUAUCCAAAGUGUGGGAAUGGCUACAAGGCCAUGGAGUCUCUGUAUGGCCAGCGUUUCAUGGGCCGAGGUCUCGUGACUGAGAUUGAUCAUGAAGUUUGGAAACCACAGGCUGCCAUGUUCAGCCCAACCUUCCAUCGAAACUACCUGAAGACCUGUAUUGUCCAGUUCAACUCCAGCAGUGACGCUCUAAUUGAGUGUUUGUACAAGAAAGCUGAUGGGAAAACAGAAGUGAACAUGAUGGAUAUGUUUAACAUGGUUUCACUGGACAGCAUCAGUAAGGUUGCUUUCGGUCAGGAUAUGAAUGUAUUUUCCAAGGAAAAAUCUACAUUCUGCACAGAUUGUCAAUUUCUUCAGGAUAGCGUUUUAAUAAGCCUCCAAAAUCCACUAUUGUGGCUUAGUCCUUUUAAAGACCAUAUUAAAUUACGACGGGAGGUAAGAGCUGCUUCCAAGAGAAUGCGGGAGAUUGGACGACAGUGCAUUAUGGGCCAGAUGGAAGCGCUUAAACAAGGCGAGAAACUGGACAACAACAUCCUCAGUCAUAUUCUGCAGUCUGCAGCGCCAGCUGGUGACAGCAACGUCAUAGACCUGGAGUUGAUGAUCGAUCAUUUUGUGACAUUUUUCUUGGCAGGUCAAGAGACGACAGCGUGUCUUAUGGCCUCUACAUUGCUGGAGCUUGGGAGACAUCCAGAAAUAGUGUACAAGAUGAAGACUGAAGUUGAUGCAGUGCUUGGUGAUGAUGGAUAUGUCAGCUUUGAAGACUUAUCCAAACUGAAAUACACAACCGCUGUGUUGAAGGAAACUUUACGUUUUCAUUGCCCCGUGACAUCUGUGAUGAGGACGACACCGAAAGAAGUCGUCUGGAACGGCAUUAAACUCCCUACUGAUACACUUAUUAAUGUUUGCAUUAUGAACCUGGCCAGACAGAAGGAGUAUUUUGAAAACCCAGAAGAAUUUAUGCCAAGCCGAUUCUUAGGUGGAGACAACAACAAUAACAUGUACAUCCCAUUCUCCCUGGGUCCAAGGAAGUGUAUCGGGAAGCAGUUUGCUAUGAUUGAGGCUCAGGUUGUCAUGGCCAAGUUAGUGAAGAAUUUGACCUUUGACCUCGUGCCAGGUCAGAGUUUCAACUAUGUAAGGAGCAUUACCUGCAAGCCAAAGGAUUCGUGUCGAGUAUACGUCAAACCAGCUGUACCUAAGUCUGACAUAAUGAAAGAAGUUUGUUAAUAUGAAACACAAAUCUUUCUUGAAAUACGACCGAAAUGCUGUAACAAGUAAAAAUACUUUAUUUUAUUUUAUUUUAUUCCUUUUCUGGUGUAUAUAAUUAGUAAGAAUUUCUUCUUCUUUCAUUAGUGUCUAGCAACUUCAAUGACCAAGUUAUGAGUCAAAAUU